GGUACCCGUCAGAGCUUCUGACACCAUGGCAACGGAGCAGCUACCGCCGUAGCUCAGCGUUUGUUUACAGCGUCUGGUAGCAUCUGCUCGUUUUCCACUUAAAACGAUAAUAAUGGAAGAUAUAACUUAGGCCUGACUGCAAUGAGAUUUUCGACUGUUUUUUUUAUUAUUAUCAAACAAUAGUUUUGUGAUAGCGCGGGACCUUUCAUCACGAAUUUCUCAAGAUGUGAGGUUUGAUGUGACAUGUUAAGAUGUCCUCUCAGAAACAGACAAUACAGGUGUUGCCUGUUUGGGGGCUUGCCAUCCCUCUCCCGGCCGUGCUGAUGAUCACUGUGAGUCUUUAUAUGAUCGUCCUGGGCGUUGGGCUCUGGAUACGAUACUGUCUUAAGGACCGUUGUUCUUGCAACUGUUGUGACUGCUGUCCAGACAUCUCUUUAUGUGAGCAGUGCUUUAAGCUGUCCGAGAUGUGUAACUGCAACAUGCCCGACAUGAAAACAUGCUGGGAAAAAUGUCCCCCUUUUCCCUCUUGUGACUGUUGGCACAAUUCCUGCAGCUGUGAGCGCGAUCUCUGCAGCUGUCGGCCUCCUGAGUGCGACUCCUGCCACUGUCUCUGCUUCGAGAUCACGAUCAAGUAGAUGACGACGGUGGAGGUUCACUGAUGGCAUCAUCAGCUGAGUGACAUUUCAAAAUGUUUGCCUUUUAAUACGAGCGUUCGGUGAGGAACGAUGGAAAAUGACCUUCAGCAGAGAUCUUCUGCUGCAUUUGAACCGGCAUGUCUUUGCAUUCUUAUUGAGGGACCGACAUGAACACUCCUGUUAGACUGUCAUGUGUAAAGAAGACUCAAAAUGAGUCUGUGGCUGCCGUUCGAUGGAAUAGCACUUUGCAGGCUGUGUCAAAACCACUACUAGCUGGGAUAUGUGUUCUUGUUUACUUUUUGUUUUUCAACACAAACUAGUAUUCAGUAAAUAUUCAGUUGGAGUAGCUGAUUGAAAAUGUGAAACAUGCCUACAUACUGUGCUGAAUGGUUCAAUCUUUCCUGUGAUUUCUGAAAAGUUAACUGAGUUUUGUUUGACAAAGGGAAAAUGAAUCUAUUCAACCAAACACCUGAUAAAUCAAAGUCCAUCUGUGAAUAUUAUAUUUCAGAACACAAGUAAACAUGUGUUGAUACCUCAAUACCUUUAAGAAGAGCAUGUAAGAUAGUGUCCUUUUUCAUUACUUCACUAUCUCAUAGUGAGGAAAUCUCAAACGCAGUCUUCUCUUGCUCUGCAGUCAGGGUCGUUCAGGACUCUGGAUGAGAGAUAAAAGCAUUAUUUUCUUGAUACUUGAUGCAGUUUAAAUGGAAUGGCACGAUCUCUGACUGUGGACAGUAAUAUUGCCUUACAGUAUGACGCUAAGAACUCAGUUUUCCAUCAGGAAUUUACUCUGAAUUCAAAUUUUUUUAAUUGUCACAAAAAGCUAAAACUUAGAAUGAUAAAUAGAAACACUACAUAUUUAAAUAUGACAGGCCUUUUCUAUCUUUGUACUUAGCCAAAAUGCUGUACAGUUCAGCGCUGCAUUUAGCAGGAUGUACACCUGUGUGAUCAAACACCUCUUUUUUUAUCUCUUUGAGUGCCUUGUUUUAGUUAUUUUCCUCAAAUAGUUUCAUGUUUUAGAGAGUUUCUGUAGAAAAAAAAACAGCUGCUCAUUGCAGCUUUUUA